AUGGCUGCAUCCGUGUGCUCCAGUGAUCUGAGCUAUGACAGCCGGGUCUGCCUCCCAGGCUCCUAUGACUCUUGCACUGACGCCUCCUGGCAGGUGGACGACUGCCCAGAGAGCUGCUGCGAACCCUGCUGUGUCCCCAGCUGCUGCCAGUCCAGCUGCUAUGAUCUCAGCUGUUGUGCCCCAGCCUCCUGCCUGACCUUCGUCUGCACCCCAGUGAGCUGUGGGUCCAGCCCCUGCAGCCAGUCAGUCUGCACCAGCUGCUGCACGCCCUCAUGCUGCCAGCAGUGUAGCUGUGAGCCUGCUUGCUGCACCUCGUCCCCCUGCCAGCAGUCCUGCUGUGUGCCCGUGUGCUGCAAGCCCGUGUGCUGUGUACCCAUCUGCUCUGGGGAUUCCUCCUCAUCCUGCCAGCAGUCUAGCUGUGAGCCCUCUUGCUGCACCUCCUCCCCCUGCCAGCAGUACUUCUGUGUGCCGGUCUGCUGCAAGCCCUCCUCCAGCGUGUCCCUGCUCUGCCGCCCCGUGUGCAAGCCCGCCUGCUGUGUACCUGAUUCCUCCUGCUGUGCCUCCUCCUGCCAGCCCAGCUGCUGUCGCCCAGCUUCCAGUGUGUCCCUGCUCUGCCGCCCCGUGUGCAAGCCCGCCUGCUGUGUGCCCACCUCCUCCUGCCAGCCCAGCUGCUGUGGCCCAGCGGCCUCCAGCGUGUCCCUGCUCUGCCGCCCUGUGUGCAAGCCCGCCUGCUGUGUGCCUGAUUCCUCCUGCUGUGCCUCCUCCUGCCAGCCCAGCUGCUGUGGCCCAGCAGCCUCCUGUGUGUCCCUGCUCUGCCGUCCUGCCUGCUCCCGCCCUGCCUGCUGUGGCCUCUCCUCAGACCAGAAGUCCAGCUGCUGA